UCUGUCACUUUAGAUAUGUACCAGGCCUCUGCUGUCAGUCUGCUUCCGCGAGACAUUCCCUCCUGUCACAGCCCCUCCCCAGGGUUCUCCAACCUCCCUACCUCCUCUUCUCAGAUGGCCCCGGAUCUCCUCCAGUUCCCUUUGGGUCAGGACCCGAGCUUCCUUGCCGUCCCCGUUCUGACACUCCCUCCCAGUGACAGUCUAGUCCCACCGUACAUUGUGUGGCCUUCUGCUCUCAUCUCAUUCUUGGGCUGCACUCUUACAGUCCAGUUCUCCAACGGGAAGCUACAGAGUCCAGGCAACAUGAGCUUUACCUUGUAUGAGAACAAAGAUUCCACCAACCCCAGGAAGAGGAAUCAACGGAUCCUGGCAGCUGAAACAGAUAGGCUCUCCUAUGUGGGAAACAAUUUUGGGACUGGAGCCCUCAAAUGCAACACUUUGUGCAGGCACUUUGUGGGAAUUUUGAACAAGACCUCUGGCCAAAUGGAAGUAUAUGAUGCUGAAUUGUUCAACAUGCAGCCACUAUUUUCAGAUGUAUCAGUUGAGAGUGAACUAGCGCUAGAGAGUCAGACCAAAACUUACAGAGAAAAGAUGGAUUCUUGUAUUGAAGCCUUUGGUACCACCAAACAGAAGCGAGCUCUGAACACCAGGAGAAUGAACAGAGUUGGCAAUGAAUCUUUGAAUCGUGCAGUGGCUAAAGCUGCAGAGACGAUCAUUGAUACGAAGGGUGUGACUGCUCUGGUCAGCGAUGCUAUCCACAAUGACUUGCAAGAUGACUCCCUCUACCUUCCUCCCUGCUAUGAUGAUGCAGCCAAGCCUGAAGAUGUGUAUAAAUUUGAAGAUCUUCUUUCCCCUGCGGAGUAUGAAGCUCUUCAGAGCCCAUCUGAAGCUUUCAGGAACGUCACGUCAGAAGAAAUACUGAAGAUGAUUGAGGAGAACAGCCAUUGCACCUUUGUCAUAGAAGCAUUGAAGUCUUUGCCAUCAGAUGUGGAGAGCCGAGACCGCCAGGCCCGAUGCAUAUGGUUUCUGGAUACCCUCAUCAAAUUUCGAGCUCAUAGGGUAGUUAAGCGGAAAAGUGCUCUGGGACCUGGAGUUCCCCACAUCAUCAACACCAAACUGCUGAAGCACUUUACCUGCUUGACCUACAACAAUGGCAGAUUACGGAACUUAAUUUCGGAUUCUAUGAAGGCGAAGAUUACUGCAUAUGUGAUCAUACUUGCCUUGCACAUACAUGACUUCCAAAUUGACCUGACAGUGUUACAGAGGGACUUGAAGCUCAGUGAGAAAAGGAUGAUGGAGAUAGCCAAAGCCAUGAGGCUGAAGAUCUCCAAAAGAAGGGUGUCUGUGGCCGCCGGCAGUGAAGAAGAUCACAAACUGGGCACCCUGUCCCUCCCGCUGCCUCCAGCCCAGACCUCAGACCGCCUGGCAAAGCGGAGGAAGAUUACCUAGACGCGUGCUUUCCAGACAGGGCAUUUUGGCUGCAUCACAGCCACUGGCUGGUCCUAUUCAUUUCCAUUUUUAUGUAUGUUUUGGAAAGAAAAGGUCCAGGGAUGGUGGCUCACACCUGAAAUCCCAGCACUUUGGGAGGCCGAGGCAGGAAGAUCAUUGAGCUCAGGAGUUUGAAACCAGUCUGGGCAACAUAGGGAGACCCCAUCUCUACCGGAGGAAAAAAAAAAAAAGAGUCAGGCCUGGUGGUGUGCGCCUGUAAUCCCAGCUACUUGGGAGGCUGAGGCAGGACGAUUACUUGAGCUUGGGAAAUCAAGGUUGCAGUGAGCUAUGAUUGUGUGGCCACACUCCAUCUUGGGUCACAGAGUGAGACCUUGUCUCAAAAAAGUAACAUAAGGAAAAAAGAAGCCUUGCUUUAGCACAGGUAUGAAGCCAGAAGCCAGCAUCUCAAUUGUGCUUGUCUUAUGCAGAAAUAUAAAGCGAUGGCCAGGUUGGACUUCAUCUCUCUCCUUUGGUAUUAUUGCUGUGAUUAUAAAUGGCAGAUGUUUCUCAUGUUGGUUCACCUGUGGGGAUUUGGGAGGAUGGGUCCUGCCUCCCAAAUUUGACUCACCAGGCUGAGUCAAAUCUAAUGGGUGAAGGUUUCCAAAGAGAAAUGUGAAGUGGCGUGCUUAGGUCUGGAAGGGCCAGUGGAGUACGCAGUGAGGAAGGAGGAUCUGGCCCAGUACACCUGGGAAAUGACACUUCAGGCUUUAUCAGAAACUAACUGGGUCACCAGUGUGAUGGGGGCUGCCACAGGCCAGUAGGAUACAGCCUGUUGUAAUGGGGUGGAGCCAAGUCAGAGGAAGUGGUGACCCAAUUUCUCUGUCUGGCGGAGGCCACAUAGAAGGCAGGGGUCAGCUAUGAAAGCCACACUUUGAAGAGGAUGAAUCAGUCAGUGUUCAGUUCAGAAAAUCAAUUGCUCUAGGUAUCUUAAGAAGAAAGGAUUUUAAUGUAUGGAUAAGGUGCCGUAGAACUGUGACAAGGGCCAGAGGACUGGGAAUCAGAAGGUUGCCGUCAGGACUGCUGAAUUCAAGAACACACUGCCGGGGUUGCCAUCGGGGACUCAGAAGCCACUUCUGCUCCAUAACUGCUCCUGGAAUUCAUGAAGCUGAAGAUUCAACACUGGGCUGCUGAUUUCAGCUACCCAUGCUUUCUUCUUUUUUUUUUUAUUUUUUUGAGACAGAGUCUUGCUCUAUAGCCCAGGCUGGAGUGCAGUGGCACGAUCUUGCUCACUGCUACCUCCGCCUCCCAUGGCCUGGUUCAAGCAAUCCUCCUGCCUCAGCCUCCCGAGUAGCUGGGAUUACAGGCAUGCGCCACCAUGCCCAGCUAAUUUUUUUGUAUUUUUAGUAGAGACAGGGUUUCACUGUGUUGGCCAGGCUGGUCUUGGACUCCUGACCUCAUGAUUCACCCGCCUUGGCCUCCCAAGGUGCUGGGAUUACAGGUGUGAGCCACCGUGCCCAGCCUACCCGUGCUUUCAAAGGUCCUGUAUUUCCACCACCUUGUCACCACAGACAGCCAAAAGGUCAAGCAGCUGGCCUCCACCUUGCUUCCUUCUGGUGUGCAUAUAUAGGAGCCUGAUUUGCAUGUAGAAUCCUAGCAGAAAGGGAGUCUUUGAAAUAGGUUUCAGCUCACCAGCCUCUAGUUACAGGAGGCAUUCUAGAAGGACAUGAGUGGAUUAUAACUGCCAACCAAUUGUAUGUGCCACUGAGGAGAUGGAGAAGCUGUGUCCAGAGGGGUGCUAUAAGGACAGGAGUGUGACAGGAAGCCUUAGGUACGUGGCCUGGGCCCAGUCUCAGAUCUCAGGGUCCUGCUUCAAGUGGGAGCAGUUGAGAUCUGUGACACUCAGCACCUGGGAGGCCGGGUCAGUGAAGGGAGGGAGACAGAACUCAGCUCCUCUGAGAGGAGAAGUUUACACAGCACCUGGGGCCCUCCAUUUGGGAGUCACGGUGGAAAGGAGUCUUGGCUGAGCUUUGGGGCAGGUGCACCUUAUUUUCUUUGUGCUCUGGGAUGCCCUCAGAGCUGUGCUCCUCUGCUUUGUCCCCAUCUGCCUCUGGCCCUGGGUAGGAGGCAGUUGGAGCAUACUUUGUCUUCCUUCAGCAGAGGUGUGGGCAGGGAAUCUACUUGUCUCUUGUUUUUCUUUAAGCCAUUGUGAAAAUCAAGUAUGUGACUCUUCCUUGGAAAAAAUAAUCUCUCAGAAAAGGACUUCUAAUACGUCCUCAGGAUAGAAUGUGUUUUCGUGAUUACUUUUUUUUUUUUUUUUUUUUUGAGACGGACUUUCGCUCUUGUUGCCCAGGCUGGAGUGCAAUGGCGUGAUCUCGGCUCACUGCAACCUCCGCCUCCCGGGUUCAAGUGUUUCUCCUGCCUCAGCCUCCCGAUUACAGGCAUGCACCACCAUGCCCGGCUAAUUUUGUAUUUUUAGUAGAGACAGCAUUUCUCCAUGUUAGGCUGGUCUCAAUCUCCUGACCUCAGGUGAUCCGCCCGCCUCGGCCUCCCAAAGUGCUGGAAUUAUAGGCGUGAGCCACCACGCCCGGCCUUUUGUGAUUACUUUUAAAAUUCAGAUGGGUUUGACACUUGGAGGCUUAAUUUCUGGGAAUGACUGGACACAGCAUGUGGCUGGGACCCUCUGAACAACCUCUGACCUAGUGGAGAAGCAGGUGGUAAUGACUAGGUAUGGAUAGGGAAAGACUAGGUGGGCAAAUACUUGUCAUGUGUGUCAACAGGUAUAUUUUGCUAAAUGUCGGGGACACAUUCCAAGAGGCUAAACAGCAAAUUUCUGUACAUUAGGAGAUUUGUGAGUCCUUAGGAAAGGCUCAGAAGAGGGCUCCACCUAGCACAAUACCUGACAUAGAAGUGGUCAGUGUCUGCAGAAUGAGUCGGCAUGAACCGUACUUUCCUUGGCAGGGUUAUUAGGUAGUAAAUACCUGCAGAAUAAUGGGAUUGUACUAGGGUGUCUUCUGGGUGUAGAAACCCAUUUGUUUACUAAUAAUUCCCAGAGGAUACCUUGAUCUCACCAAGCUAUUUGCCACAAUGUCUCCUGAUGGCCUCAUUGAAGAAAGGGGGACUAUGAGCCAGAUGCUGGUACCCUGAAGAUUUGUAGUUUGUGGGAUAGUCUUAACUUGGCAGGGUUUGAUUAACAGAAUGAAGUCUGUUCCUUGGAGGGAAGUCUCUGCUUGCUGCCCUGACCUGUUGGACCCUGUUAAUUGGGAUGAGGUCAAAGAAGGCAGUUACCACAUUUGCAGGAGACCCUAACCUGGAAAUAGUGAAUUACAUAACAUUCUUUCAAGUGUCUCCUCUUUUAAAAAAGUAUUUUGAGUAGGGACAUGGAUGAAAUUGGAAACCGUCAUUCUCAGUAAACUAUCGCAAGAACAAAAAACCAAACACCGCAUAUUCUCACUCAUAGGUGGGAAUUGAACAAUGAGAACACAUGGACACAGGAAGGGGAACAUCACACUCUGGGGACUGUUGUGGGGUGGGGGGAGGGGGGAGGGAUAGCACUGGGAGAUAUACCUAAUGCUAGAUGAUGAGUUAGUGGGUGCAGCACACCAGCAUGGCACAUGUAUACAUAUGUAACUAACCUGCACAAUGUGCACAUGUACCCUAAAACUUAAAGUAUAAUAAUAAAUAAAUAAAGUAUUUUGAUAUAGUUUCACACAGAUAAAA